AUGAUGGAUUUGCUCUGUGUGAUUCCAGGCGACGCCCAAGGCGUGUUCUGCGUGGAGGUUCAGGAAGACGACUCCGUGUCUGGCUUGAAGAGUGUCAUCUGCAAGGAGAACGCGUAUGAGUUUCCGACCUUUGAACUUAAGCUCUUCCUAGCAAGGAAGGAGAACGGAUCGUGGCUCAGU